GGUUGGUUUUACUCAGAUCCAGAAAGAAGUCUGCUCUGCUGUGUCUUUGGAAAAGAAGGGCUUGCCGUCGCUGCUCUGCUGCAAUACCGUCGUUGGGCCCACGCACCGCACCGCACCACAUCUCUCGCACCCCACACGACCUUCUGGCGACAUCGUUCCUGAAGAUCGGAAUUCGCAGCAAAAACUCUUUCUGUGCACACCAGCCAGAUUCCUAUAUCAACUCGUAGCCUUCGUGAGUCAGAAAUGAAGCGGUUGACAGCAGGUGGCAGCGCAGGUGGCAGCAGCGGCGGCGUGGGCACCAGCGGAGAUCCCCGGAGACCAGACGCGGUGAAGAAGUAUGUGCCGCCGGUGGUGAAUGCCGAGGAUCUGCCGAUCGACAUGGCGAGCAUGAUGGCCGUCUUCUUCGGGAUCGCCGGCGUCAUGAUGCGGCAAAAGCUUGCCUGCUGGCUGGCCCUUCUCUGUGCGGCACAAGCUCUGGCCAACAUGAAGUAUGUGGAGCACGACCUCAAGCAGAUCAUCACUGCGCUCAGUUUCGCUGUAAUGGGCAUUGUGACGAAUUAUUUUGCACCUGUGCCAGUACACCCUGCUGCAUCUGGGGCUGCUUCUGGCCAAUAAGGUUGACUGGUGGAGAUACCCUGGCAUAAUUUGUAUCCCCUUUGUAAUAUAUUUUGCUGAAAUCCACAUGCUGCUUUUGUAUGAUGUCCUAGUGAAACCAUGUUUGUCUGUAGAGCAAUAUGUGUAGACAAUUUUUAUU